CAAAUUCAACUAUUGUAUCCCUAGAAUAAAGAAAAUAAAUCAAUGCUACUCACUAGGAGGAAAAAGGAUUCUUCCAUGGUUGAGUUUAAUAUAAUAAUGAUAAUAUAUGUUUAAUAAUUUUCGACGUUUUUGUUCUUAAGCGUGUAUCUAUUUUUGUUUUUCGUCUUUCCACGUAUGCUGUUCCUCUGCGCUUCCUCAGUUUGUUGAUGUCUAUCUCUAUCGCGAUCCUUCAUGAUUGUCAAAAGAAAAGAUAGCUACAUGGCGCACAGUGCUCGUACUGUAUAAAACCGUUAGACGGUUGCAAUACAUUAAGUAGCUGCAUGCGCCGCUGGUAGAGAAGUCCGCGGAAUUCAUUGUGAGCACAAUUUUGAAGAUUACCGUUCCUGCCUCACAUACAGCGCCAGGUGAAAUAAACAAACGGCCAAUUCUUGUCGGCAUGCAUGAACUUUCAAGAAACGCACCUGAGAGCUCUCCUUCCGAGGCCGCGACAGCUGUCGUUCUCUGCGACACCGCUACAGUGGCGGACUUCGUGCCUCCGGCAAAUGGUUAUCAAGUUGCCGACGUUUUGGUGCUCUCCAGUUCCACGAGAACGAGGUCCUUGGAAAAUGCGAAUCCUCCUGAAGAAGGACUAUUAGCUCCUGGACGAGGGGGAAACCCAGGAGGAGAUACCGGGGGCCACGAUAAACUAGAAGAUGCGAACAACAAUUACAGCGAAGAGUGUGCCAGUCGCACUGGGAGCAGCUACGUCGAUGUUUCUGCGCAUGCAGACGUGGGGCCGACAAGUUCUUUUGGGGGCGGAAGUAUACCCUAUCAUGAAGCCGCCGAACAAGGACCACCGGGAACAAAUUAUAAGACGAACAUGACAACAGGUGAAUUAUCAUCAUCGGUAUCGAAUUGCUCCCCGUCGUCUAGAAGAAAAAUCAUAGUGGAUCCUCCGUCGCGUUCGGAAUCGUCGAGCACUUUCAGAGGUGCUGGUCUUAGUGCCGGAGUUGUAGAUUUAGGUGGCCAGCAGGAUCAACCGAGAUUGAGAACUAGAAGUGGAGAAGAAGUCGGGGAUGAUGCGAUGCACCCAGCCGGUGGAGCAGUAUCGUCGUCGUCCAAUGGAAGCUUUUACUUGCCCCCAUCCAUCUCUGCAGGUUCUUUGCAACAGCCAUUAGCGUCGGUUGGUCCUCCUGGAGGUCCACCUGGCUCAGCUGCUCCGGUUGUGGGCCUCUUUGACUACGCCACUGGAAGUAGUUCUAGUGCGAGAGUUGUGCAAGAAAUAACUUAUUAUAAAGUAAAUCCUGACGAGGCUCGGUUUAUUCGAAGAGCGAGCGCGGACCGCAUGCAAUUGGAGCAUUGGAUUAAGGCACCUGAAGAUAAAUCAUUUUUGCAGCUCAUUGAACUUUUCGGUUUUCGCUUUUUUUUCUAAUCAGAUUUUUAGGAGAAUCAAUAUAAUAGAAAUACGCACUUACCCUGUCUUAGUCUUUGGAAAUGAGUCAAUGGUAUAGUGCUAGUGGAAAGCGCUAAUUGGAUCCAGGAACACUGCAAACAGCCGAGCGUCGCGUCUGGAGCUACGCCGCAGCAUGACGCCACACCCUUAGAAGACAAGAGAAUGAACAGUCUCAGCGGGACCAGCCUCACUGUGUCGCAACCAAAUACGCUGUACGGAGCAGUGCAGCAACCUGCAAGUGGUGGUUUUAGUGAUCCGGCCAGUGCAACUCGUAUUCGGCCGUGCGCCGACAAUGAAGGAAUGGGCUCCGCGACUAACUUCAAUGAUCCGCUCCAGGUAUGCGAAAACCUCGAUAAUAUAGUCGCAUUGCUAUCUUCUACGCUACCCGAAGUACAUGCGACGAUGCGGGACGCACGUACUAGACGAAAAAACUUACUAGAAUUUUAUUGUGUUGGUCGAUCGCGAUCCAGAAAUGAAGCAAAGUAAUCUUUUUGUACCUUUUCAUCUAGUUCGGCGUGCUCUAUGUAUAACAACAUCAUAGAUAAGCAAGAAGCGAGAUUGCAGAGACGUCGGUCAUGGAUUUUCAAACUACAUCUUUACCCAUGAUAAGGUAUACGAGAACAGAAAUUGGAGAAAGAAAAUGCGCACCUCAAAACUGCAGUAGAUAAGUUGAAGACUCAGAUUUUACGCUUGGAACGGCAGAUAAAACGCGAAAGGGAUAGUAAAAGCAGAGAAAUUGCGGAGAUCGAGCGCAUGUACGAAUCCCUCCAUAACGAGCACGAAAAGGUAAUGAAGCGGUAGUAACUUAGUUCGAUCUUUGCCAAUUCUCUUGUGCAUAGAUAUGCGUGCUGACGAAUGUAGAAGGUUUUUUUUAGUACUGACUUAUCUUCAACGUGGAGUUUAAUGUUGUAUAUACUCGACGAAUGAAUGUAUCCUAAAGCUGUAAUAAUGUUUCUGACAGACUGUGGACCAGCUGCAGAUGACGCAGCAGGUUGCGGCAAUCACGGUAGAAGGGGGAGCACCGGACUCGCCACAAUUUAUGCGGAAACAUAACACCACCUCGGCACAGGCGUGAAUACGGCUAUAUGCGCGUCGCAGUCCGUCCUGUAUAGCGCUCUGCGAACGACACACGAAUUUCUUGUGUGACAUUCACGUGAUUUUUUGAAUUGCAGACGGAUUCUUGUUGUUUUCUGUCAUCGAUCUUCUUAUGUAUGAAUAUCCGGAUGAAAGAGAUGGUUUCUCUCUCAUCUCGACGACACGCAGUCGCGUCUCGACACAACUCGUUGCAUUGGACAGCUUUUUGCAAAGACACGUCGUCGUACAUUCUUUCACACUUCGCUGCUUGCUUUUUUCCGAUAGAUUUAAAGGCAGAGGACAGACAGAUUAUAGAUUGGAGAUCAUGGACAGGACAUUCGAGUUUGUGCCACUACUUAGAGUUUGAGCUAGCGCUUAGCCAUCAACUAUUUUCAGUCGUCUUUCAUCGUGUCGACUGGAGUUCAGAAGAGCGAUU